AUGCCUCCCAAGCGAAUUCGAUGCACCGCCGCCCAAUGCCGGGAGCCCGCCCAGCGCAUCGUCGGCGACUGCUCCUUCUGCCAAGGGCACUUCUGCGGCAAGCAUCGUCUGCUAGAAGACCACAAGUGCACUGGUCUCGAGGACUGCAAGAAGCAGUCUCACGAACGCAACGCUGCGCAACUCGAGUCGGAGCGAACCCAGGUUAUCCGGGGUGUAUAA